CCGGCACAAUGCGGCCUAGGGCCGCGGCGACGUCAACCACCGCAGCCUGCAGGCUACCUCCGUUCCCGGUUGUCCUGCGAGUCACCUGCGUCCUUGCCCUACUGGUCGUCACGUGGAUACCGGUCACCGAGGCUGUGAUCUGCAAGGAUUCACAGAAAUGCGAUUGUACGGGCAUAAAAGGUGUUCCUGGCUUUACCGGAAUCCCUGGACCACAGGGACCGGAAGGUCUGCCGGGUGACAUCGGCCCAGAUGGUCCAGACGGUCCAAAGGGUGAGAAAGGAGCUGGUGGCGAGUAUGGCGGCACCGGAGAAAAGGGUUACAGGGGUGAUCAAGGCAUACAAGGAUUUCCCGGAGCUCCAGGACUCUCGGGCAACCCUGGAAUACCCGGUGUGACGGGACCGGACGGUCUGGACGGGUGCAACGGUACCGACGGACGUGCCGGUGCACCAGGAAUGCAAACUGGUGAACCCGGUGACGGUGGUAUCAACUCCAUCGGCGUCAAGGGUAUCCGUGGUACACCAGGUGUCGACGGACCCGAGGGCUAUCCAGGACCGUACGGGAUCUCCGGCGAGAUGGGCUAUCCAGGAGAGACGGGCGACAUAGGUUACCCUGGCGCCCCUGGCUUGCCGGGUAUGCAAGGUGAGGCCGGUGAAACGGUAUACGGAACGAAAGGCUCACCAGGUGAACAGGGAGACAGGGGUGAGCCUGGGCCGCCAAGUAGCGGUGCAUACAAGAAGAAAACCGAGUCCACUCCGAUAAAGGGCGUCAAAGGUGACAAGGGAAGGCACGGCGAUCUCGGAGAUCGCGGACGAAAGGGAGAAUGGGGUGAUAAAGGAUUCCAGGGUCGGGCCGGUUUCCUGGGUAUUAAGGGUAUGAAGGGAGAGCAAGGUGACGACGGGGCUAGAGGUAAACAGGGCGUAGAGGGCCCGUCAGGUCCUCCUGGAAAUAAGGGAGACAAAGGUGCUCCCGGUUACGCUGGAACUCCUGGACCAACGGGACCUGAUGGAGAGCUUGGAGAACCAGGUAAUCAAGGAGCCCCUGGUAAACAAGGAGCUGCCGGAGAACCCGGAAAAUACAUACCGGAACUCGACGAAAUAAUUGAGGGGAACAUCGGAAUUCAAGGAGAUUUAGGUCCACCCGGAUUACCGGGACACUCAGGAACGCCCGGUUUACCUGGCAAAGUAGGUUACAUCGGGCCACCUGGUCCACCCGGACCCGCAGGUAUUCCUGGAUUCUCGGGACCGAAAGGAUCUUCCGUGAAAGGAGAGCCAGGAUCCGAUGGUCUUCCUGGACCGAUGGGCAACCAAGGACCGUCCGGUUUACCUGGUCUGCCUGGAGAAGCCGGGCUAAAAGGUUUCCCCGGUAUAACGAUCGUUGGUCCACCAGGUUUCGACGGAAAGCCCGGAAUACCUGGUCUCCUGGGAACACCUGGGGAUCGUGGCGACCACGGUCUUCCUGGUCUGAAAGGUUUUCCGGGCAAAGGUAUCCGAAUUCGCGGUCCUCCAGGCGAGCGUGGAUUACCAGGAUUGCCAGGACUUCCGGGUCCGGACGGAUGGCCAGGUAGUCCAGGUGCCAUAGGCACAAGGGGCCUAAAGGGCGACGACUGCGGCGUUUGUGCACCAGGUCGACCUGGUGAAAAGGGUGAGCGUGGUGACGGCGGUCUGAACGGUUAUCCUGGAUCACCUGGGUUCCCUGGACAGACUGGAGCUCGUGGACUGAAGGGAGGUUACGGGAAGCCUGGUAAUGAAGGACCAAGAGGAUUGGAAGGUGAUAGCGGAAGGCCAGGAAUCGCUGGCGCCCAAGGGCCCAAAGGAGAAAGGGGAAAAAUCAAACUGCCUCGUGAAAAAUUAAUCGGUGAAGUCGGCGACGUUGGUGACAAAGGUUUCCCUGGCGUGGAAGGGCUACGAGGACCGAAAGGAGAAGUUGGUCUCUCUGGUGAUACCGGUCCACCAGGACCUAAAGGAGAAAAGGGUGAUUACGGGCCUGCAGGAUUUCCUGGUCGGGACGGUUUCUCAGGUAUGGACGGUGUUCCUGGUGAGAAAGGUGAUGAAGCACCGAUACCGAUCGAGUAUCUGACGGGAGAUCCAGGAUACCCGGGUACCCCAGGAUCCAAGGGUGCGGAGGGUGAGAAAGGCGCGAAAGGACAACCCGGAGAUGCCUCCGAACGCGACAUUCACAGUCAAGGAGACAAGGGACCAAAAGGGGAAGUCGGUUUUCCAGGAGACGACGGUUUGAAAGGUGAUCUAGGGCGAGCAGGUGACGAAGGAUAUCCUGGUUCACCAGGAAUACCUGGCUCCCCGGGUAUAUCGCGUCAAGGUCCUGGAGGACUAAAAGGAUACCCAGGCAUACCAGGAGAUCAAGGUCCACGUGGUUCGCCUGGUACUCCGGGAAUGGAAGGGCCUGUUGGUUAUCCGGGUCGCCUAGGUAACAAAGGUGAUCGCGGUGACCCAGGCACGAAUCAAACGUACGGUGACAUCGGUGAACAAGGUAUGUGGGGUGACAAGGGAGACAUCGGCGACGCUGGUCCGACGGGUUUACGCGGAAGACCCGGAACAGACGGGCCGAAAGGUAUCAGAGGUAGUAAAGGAGCUCCUGGUCUAGCUGGUCUGCCUGGCCUCCAGGGAGCCAAAGGUCAACGAGGCGAUAGUGUACAAGGUUCUCGAGGAUUCCCAGGGAUACCUGGCCAACCUGGAAUGCCUGGAAGAAUCGGAGAAGUCGGAACUCAAGGUCCUGACGGUUCGCCCGGAUUCGACGGGAUGAAGGGCUUGAAAGGAGAGAUUGGCUUCGUCGGGCGCAGAGGCGACGACGGUGACGUUGGCCCAGUUGGUUACCUGGGAAGAGACGGUAUGCCGGGUCUUCCGGGUCCACCAGGUGAAGACGGUGACGUCGGUGAGAUCGGUGACUCUGGUCUACCCGGUUGGCCUGGACCGGAAGGACUUCCUGGAGUAUACGGCCUUAAAGGAGAGUUAGGGGAUGCCGGGCCACCAGGUCCAUUCGGUGACCCUGGUCUACGUGGAUUCAAGGGUCUUCUCGGCAAUCCUGGUCCAGACGGCCUCGAUGGACUUCCCGGUGAGAAUGCCUUCAGUGGGCCCCAAGGUGACCAAGGUGAACCUGGUUUCAUGGGAGAGGUCGGAGCACCUGGAUUCCCCGGCGUGGACGGUCGACCUGGUUUAUCUGGUGAACCUGGAAUAGCUACGGACGGUUUCGACGGUCUAUGGGGAGCAAAAGGUGAACCGGGUUUCGAUGGACGCCACGGAAUACCUGGACCAAAGGGAGAAAUUGGUGACAUGGGACUGGAUGGAUUGAAGGGACCUAGGGGAGAUUGGGGAUUCCAGGGAAGACCAGGAGCACCUGGCAGCCCCGGCAGAUACGGUGUAAAAGGUGAACGAGGACCAAUGGGACCGCCUGGUUCACAUGGUCCCAAAGGUAAACCAGGAUUGGAUGGUGAUCCCGGUCAAAUGGGUCUACCAGGAAUGCCCGGCGAUGAAGGUCCUCGAGGUAUCCCCGGUUUAAUGGGUACACCUGGGCCAAAGGGUCACAUAGGUGAACCUGGUUUUCCAUCAUUCGCUACAGCAGAAAAGGGUGACUUCGGAAAUCCUGGUCUAGAUGGUCUACCAGGUGUAAAAGGAGAGACAGGUGAUCAAGGCUUCCAAGGAGUAUCUGGUCGAAAGGGAGUGGUGGGUGACGCUGGAUACUAUGGAUCCGAUGGCUUCCCAGGAUUACAAGGACUGCCAGGUCUUCCUGGUAAUCAGGGACGUCCAGGUUUACCAGGAGCUUAUCCUCAGUACGCCGAACCAGGCGAAGAUGGACGACCCGGAUUGGAUGGAGUGCCCGGUAUUCCAGGAGUUCCGGGACAAAAGGGUGCACCUGGUGAUUACGGAUCCGAUGGUCCCAAAGGAAUUCGUGGAGAAUCUGGUCUAAGCUUCCGAGGCCCCAAAGGAUUUCCCGGAGAUCAAGGUCCGAAAGGUUUCACUGGUUACCCUGGAGCCCCAGGGUUGCAAGGAUUGCCAAGCCUACCCGGACUACCGGGACCAAAAGGUUAUCGUGGAGAGGCUGGAGUACACGGAAUCACUAUAAACGGACAGCCUGGAGACAGUGGACCCCCUGGAUUCGACGGAAGAGAAGGGCGCAAAGGUGAAAGGGGUGAUUCAGGUCUUCCUGGAUUUAGAGGGUUGCCUGGAAACAAGGGAGAACGUGGCGAUGAAGGAGAGCACGGUUUACCCGGACCGAAUGGGCCUCUAGGCCCACAGGGACCGAAAGGAGAGCGUGGCAAAAAUCCAUUCCCGCCUUUCCCAAGGAAAGGACAACCCGGUGACACAGGCUCUGAAGGAUUACCAGGCUUCUCUGGGCUUCAAGGAAUGAUGGGCGAGCCAGGCAAAGAUGGUCUUCCUGGAAGAAGAGGAGAACAAGGAAUGGUGGGUUUGCCGGGACCUGAAGGGCCAGAUGGUAAAGAAGGUCCUGCAGGUUAUCCUGGUCAGCAUGGUGCUGUUGGACGACAAGGAACUCAAGGAUUCCCUGGAGUACCAGGACCACCAGCACCUCCGGCCCCAGGCCCACGAAACAGAGGCUUCCACUUUGCUCGACACUCGCAAUCCGAAAUGAUACCGCAAUGUCCUAGGAACACUGUCAAAAUCUGGGAAGGUUUCUCGCUAUUACAUAUAAUGGGCAAUGGAUAUCCUUACGCACAAGAUCUAGGUGCCGCGGGUAGCUGCGUCAGUAGAUUCUCCACCAUGCCUUUCAUGUUCUGCAACAUCAACAACGUUUGCGACUACGCGCAACGUAACGACUACAGCUACUGGUUGAGCACCACGGAACCGAUGCCCAUGUCGAUGACGCCGAUACCGGCACCGGAAGUCGGCAGAUAUAUCUCCAGGUGCUCCGUUUGCGAAGCGCCGACCCGAGUUAUUGCUGUCCACAGCCAAUCCAUGUCUAUACCGGAGUGUCCUGGCGGUUGGGAGGAACUCUGGAUCGGCUACAGUUUCCUGAUGCACCGAGAUGCAGGCGCAGGUGGCGGUGGUCAAUCGUUGAUCUCGCCCGGCUCCUGUCUCGAGGAGUUCCGCGUGAGGCCGUUCAUCGAGUGCCGUGGCCUGGGCACAUGCAACUACUUCUCCACUGCCACGUCCUAUUGGCUGGCCACCAUCAAGGACUACGAGAUGUUCCGCAAGCCGUUGCAACAGACCCUAAAGGCGGACCACACGUCGCGCGUCAGUCGUUGCACGGUCUGUCUUCGCCGUAGGAUCACGGAGAACCCGCGCGAGAGGACGCUAACGCCAUAUGCGUCGAACGGCCAGAGAGAAACGGUUGGCAACAUUCAGUACCCGCCUCAACAUUAUCCCGAUUAUCAUAAUCAGAGACAACACGGCAGAGAACGGACACCUAACAGACGCGGGUCCUACCAGUUCCGUAGAAGGGGCUGGUCCCGCAAGCCUGAACGAGGAUCAGAGUUCUCGAAUACGGCUUAGGGUACAGGCGCGUCGCGAUACGUCGAUGUGAUGUGAUGCAGGGAACUAACGACUCUGUGUAUAUAAAUAUAUAUAUAUAUAUAUAUAACGAGAUAUUCGAAGAACCUGUUUAGAUAAGUUAAUCGCGCGUCUCCCAUCGGUGCCGCACGCGAAGACAAGACCGGCUACCGUGCGCAGCCGGAGUUGGAGAUGAUAUAUGCCUGAUGCCAAAAAGUACGGGGACCUGUAGUCAGUGGGAACGGCAUAGUGUGGUCCUAAGAUCCUUGGGUCCUAUUGAUUGAAUAACACGCAUUGCUAUGUACAACAGUUCUUCUUGUUGCCUUGAAAAGAUAGCCCUGGUAGCUAGAGCCUAUCUUGUUGCCAGCAGAAAUGGCGCGCAUUGUAGUUGGCAUUUGCGCCGUUGUAAGUUGUUUGUGUAUUCAGAGGUUUAAUGAUACUGAAGUAGACUGGAAAAUACGUUGUUUCCGUUGUAACAUCGCGGUUUGUCACCUGCGUAUCAUCGCUAUCUAUGGUAUUCGGUAGUGCCAGUCGGUUGUUGGUUGUCCUAUACAGGAAGGAGGUGUUAGGUAAUGAAGGCAUUCGCGGAAUUGUGUCAACUGAUCGAGAAAAUAUCGCUUCAACGACCGAUCGAGGUGAUUUUGUGGCGAAAUAAUGUAUUUUCUGAUAUAAUUCAACGCGUAUGGAUAUUUAAAGAUAGGAAGAAACUCCGACAUGGCAGAUGCUAAUUACAAUGCGUACGUAUCUGAUGAUCUUGUGGUUGGAAUAUUGUAAUUUGAACUGAAACAGAGUCUAGGCACUUUAUACGAACCCACGUGCCCGAAAA